AUGGCAGACGACGCCCACGCCGAGUCCGGCACCCUUAGCGAUAACGACUGGAGGGCUCAGGAGGCCCGCGAUGAUGCUACCAUCCAGCAAAUCCAAGAGGGCCUAGCCAGCGGCGUUGGCGAGCUUCUCAACAAGAUCGAGCAGGGCGCCUCAUUUGACCAGGCCGGCAAGGCCGACGAUGCUAUUGAUUACGAAGAUAUCGAUCUUAGCGACGAUGAUUUACCCGACGAGGAACCUUCCGCGAGCGGCACCAGCGGCGAUGGCCCCGGCUUGACCGACGACAAUGAUGACGAUGAUCUCUUCGGCGAAAAUCUCCCCUCGUCACCACUAGCUGCCGAUGGCGGCUUCGGCUCGUCUCCCCGUGCCGUGGAUGACGACGACGACGAUCGUAUGCAACUCGAUGAAGAAGCCCCCGAGUCUCUCCAGGACCUCAUUGCCCUGAACUUCGACCAUAGCCACAAACCGAGCGAUGCGAAUCAGGAUCCCAACAUUCCCCCACCCGCGGAGAGUCUUGCUGAGGCCGUGAAGCAGGCUUUCCCGGGCUUCAAGGAAAACACCGUGCUCCCUUGGAACGAGAUUCUCCGCCCGAAACAGGCGGACUGGCUCAGCAAGAAGCCCGCCAAGCCGCCGAAGCCGCUCGUUCCGACCAAGCUCAGCUUGGACCUAGAAGCCGAUCAAGAGAAGCUCUUCCGCAUUCCGGGCCCGGCAACCACCUCCGUCUGGGAAAAGAUUCGGGUCGCCGAAUCCCGCGGCCUCGUCUCACUGGAGGAGCCCGAGCCUCUGGAGCAGGCGGAUUUGGAGGUCUUCAACCUCGAUGAUGACUCCGAUGACGAGGUUGUGGGAGGCUACACACUUCGCGACAUCGCACUGGUCUGUGAUGAUUGGGACUCGAUGAUUAAUCUUGGCGACUCACUUGCCACCAAAUCGACCGCCGCUACAGCCAAGACGGAUCACGUCUCCGACAACAUGCUCAUUAAGACUGAGCUUGAUGGAGACGAUGAGGACUGGGACCGCAUGUUCCUCGAUGCGCCGGCCCAGAAGCAGCGCCGGGAAAUCCCCACUGGCCUGCCUCCCAUCCCGCGCUUCACGGCACCUAACUUUGACAACUUUGAGGAGGCUACCGCCAAGCUCGGGAAGCGUGUCAUUCUGGACAUGAACGACCCGUACCUUCUCAUUGACGACGUCGAGUCGGAGCGUGUUGCCAAGCGCCGCAAGGUCCAGCCCAAAAUGGUGCGCAUGGCGAAUGGCCGCCUCGGCCGGGAGCUUUCGCAGCGUUUCAACUUCUCGUCCGAUACUGCCUACGAUGCCCUCAAGGAGAACAGCCAGAGCAAGGUCCGCGCCACGCUCGCUGCUAUUCCAGUCGAGCACAGCAUGACGGCCAAGCGCCUAUCGUGGCCCUACUACAAGGUGAAGCUGUCCGCUAGCGAUCCACACAGCUACCACCGGCCCCAAUUCCACCCGAAGAAGGACUCCUUCCACCCGAUCAAGUUUAAGCCACCUGUGGUCAAGAAGAAGAAGCAGCUCAAGGGCAAGAGAAUUCCCGAGAUCUUUCAGUCGUCCACAGAUCUCAGCAUGAACGACAACUCGACCGCCAUUCUUUUCGAGUACUGUGAGGAGAUCCCCAUCGUCUUGUCAAACUUUGGUAUGGGACAAAAGAUUAUCAACUACUACCGCCGCUCUAAGGGAACGGACGCUAGGCCCGAGAAGCGGGAGCUUGGAGAGCCUUAUAUCCUCAUGCCCGAGGACCGCUCUCCCUUUGCCAUGGUCGGCCAGGUUCACGCCGGCGAGACCGUCCCGACACUGCACAACUCCAUGUUUCGCGCGCCCAUCUUCAAGCACUCUCCCAAGAGCACAGACUUCAUCCUCGGUCGGAGCACUACCGGGAAGUCCGGAUCGUCCUGGUAUCUCCGCAACAUUGACCAUCUUUUUGUUGUGGGUCAGAUUCUGCCAUCCAUGGAGGUGCCCGGCCCGCAUUCUCGUCGUGUCACCAACAUCGCCAAGAACCGCUUGAAGAUGGUGUCCUACCGCCUCCUGCACCGUAGCGACAACGUUACUCUAACCGACAUCACUCGUCACGUUGCCGACUCGAACGAGUCGCAGAAUCGUCAAAAGCUCAAGGAGUUCCUGGUAUUCCGCAAAGAUCAGAGGAACUGGGUUCUUCCUGAAGGCGAAGAACUGAUGCCUGAGUCUGAGAUUCGCGGACUCGUCCGCCCCGAGGAGGUCUGUCUCCUCGACGCGAUGCAAAUCGGAGCGCACGAGCUCGAGAACGGCGGUUACGAAGUCAAUGAUUCCCUCCUGAAGGACGACGACCUGCUAGAAGGUGAAGAGCUGCCACCGGACGCUCUUGCUAACAAAAUGGCGCCGUGGCGACUCACCAAGGCCUUCAUUGAUGCUAGUCACGGAAAAGCUAUGAUUGCCGUCCAUGGACCCGGAGACCCGACCGGUAAGGGUCUCGGCGUGAGCUACCUCCGAACCUCCAUGAAGGGCGGUUUCCUCGAGCAGCUGCACGGCCCGCUUGCGACCUCCGCCGAUGCCAUUGAACGGCAGCGCAAAGCCAAUGGCGGCCACAUGUACAAUGUCAAGAACCAAGACAGCCUAUACACCGAGUCCUUGCGCGAUAUCUGGACUCGGCAGAAGCAGAGCCUGGAGGACGCUCAAGAACACGAUGAUGACGACGUGCUCGCCCAGGAGGACGAGGAUGAGCGGUUCAAUGUGCAGAACCACGGCACCCAGCCCGCUGCCGUCACGGAUGGCGUUAGUCAAGUCAGCCAAAGCCAGGCCAGCGCCCUGAACCACCGCAAGCUCAAGAUCAUCCGCGAGGUGAGAGAUGAAAACGGCCAGCUGCAGACCGUCACCGAGAUUGUGCAUGACCCAGUCGUCAUUGCGCAGUACAACAAGAGGAGGCGGCAAAUGGAGUUCGAAAAUAUUGACAUUUACAACGUCAAACUCACUGGCGACCCGGAGAAAGACGACCUCAUCCUUGAGAAGGCCCGCAUCGAGCAAGAGCGCCUCGAAAAGAACAAAGAGCGACGUAAGAAGCGCGAGAAACAGAAGAAGCUCCAGCUCAAGAUGCGCGACGGUGCCACCGCCAAUGAUGAGGGGUCGCCCGAGCCGACCACGGAGAAAGUCACGGGCACCACGAGAAAGUGUGCCAACUGCGGUCAAGUUGGUCAUAUUAAGACCAACAAGAAGUACGUAUGCCCGAUAUGUGGUCACACCCCUACUACCGCGGAGAUGGAUGAACAGGAUUCCGUUCAGCCUCCCAAGAAGCAACGGAAGCCUCGCAAGCGCAGCACCUUUCGUCCCACUGCGCAACCUCGCGAGGGCGAUGAAUUCUGGGAUCCCCGAUGCUGGAAAGCAAGCUCAUUUGAGAAUAACAUGGACGGGCGUCGGUCUGCCUAG